AUGGCAAAGAACGACGACUCCGCGCCGGAUCUGAAGAUCCUCGGCGAUCAAAUCACCCUUCAGCCUAGAGGCUAUGUCAAGCCAUCCCAGCCACGCCAUGAUGAGAAGGAGGAGGCUCUAAUGAAGCACAUGGCCCGCUUCCGUUCCGAGCCGCUACAGUUCCUCCGAGAAGUCUCGCUCUACGUCUCCGGUACCGGCUGGCGCGCUUACGACAAUGCCAUCGGUCAACCCAUCUUCUACCCCGGCUUCUCCGACAAGAUGAAGGAGGCUGUCCUGUCGGCAAAACUGCUGCAGGAACGCAUCGCUGACCUGGCAGAGAAGCGCGUCGCUGUUGAAGAGAAGGAAGGCUUGUUGAACAAACAAGACAAGGACUUUGACCUUAAGCGUGCACGCAGACGGGCAGUUAUUGAUUCUGGAAUCCAAGAGGUGGCGGAAAAGAUGACGGACGAUAUGAUUUGCAAGUUCGAGAGCAAGACGUUUAUCCGGAGCGCAUACUACCUCACCACGCAGCUGCUGUUGCGGGCCUAUAACCAAGGCAUCCACGUAUCCAGCGAAGAGGUUUUGAGGCUGCGCAAGGUCGCCGAGGAGGCAGAGAAGAAGAAGCAGAGCAUCAUCUUCCUGCCCUGCCAUCGGUCACACGUCGACUACGUCUCGCUUCAGCUCAUCUGCUACCGCCUUGGGCUGGGUCUGCCUGUUGUCGUGGCGGGAGACAACCUCAACUUCCCUCUCGUUGGAAGCUUCUUGCAGCAUGCCGGCGCCAUGUGGAUUCGGAGAUCCUUCGGUGAUGAUAUCCUAUACACAACCUUGGUACAGACCUACAUCGACACCCUCCUUCAGGGCGGAUACAACUUCGAGUGCUUCAUCGAGGGCGGUCGGUCGAGAACGGGAAAGCUGCUGCCGCCCAAGUUCGGCAUUCUUAGCUUUGUCCUGGAUAGCAUCCUGUCGGGCCGAGUAGAGGACGCCAUCAUUUGCCCUGUCAGCACACAAUACGACAAAGUCAUCGAGACGGAAGGAUACGUGACAGAACUGUUGGGUGUGCCCAAGAAGAAGGAGAAUUUGGCGGAUUUCCUCUCUGGUGGGUCGUCGGUCUUGUCACUGAGGCUUGGUAGAGUCGACGUCAGGUUCCACGAGCCUUGGAGCUUGCGCGGCUUCAUCAACGAGCAGCUCACAAGGGUGUCUAGGCUACCGACAAGCCUUAACCUGGACGUAAAGGACCCCGAGAACGCGGCCAUCCGCCAGAGGCUCCUCCGAAUCCUUGGUUACAAGGUCCUAUCUGACAUUAACGAUGUCUCCGUUGUCAUGCCGACAGCCCUGAUCGGUACCGUUCUGCUCACCUUGAGAGGGAGAGGCGUUGGCAAGGCUGAGCUUGAGCGCCGCGUAAUGUGGCUCACCGAUCGCGUGCGCGCAAAGGGCGGUAGAGUUGCUCACUUUGGUAACGCGCCACUCUCGGACAUCAUUGAGCGUGGUCUCGAAGUCCUGGGUAAGGACCUGGUUGGCGUUGUAAAAGACCUACCGGAGCCUACCUACUACGCCGUCGAUCGUUUCCAGCUUUCGUUUUACCGCAACAUGACUAUUCACCUAUUCAUUUCCGAGGCCAUAGUGAGCGCUGCCAUGUACAUGAAGGUCAAACAGGGAGGCGGCCCGGCCAUGCAAGACAUAUCCUUUGACGAGCUGCAGAACCAGAUUCGGUUCUUGUCGUCGUUGUUCCGCGGGGAAUUCAUUUUCCCCAGCGAAGGUCUCGCUGCUAACCUGGAAAAGACGCUACGAGACUUGGAGGCAGACAAGGUAUUGAAAUUGAACCGGGACGACCAGGGCAGGGUGACCGUGGUUGGUCUCUCGGAUCACGAGAGGACGGUUGGCAGAGAGAACUACGACUUUUACUGCUUCCUCAUUUGGCCGUUCAUUGAGGCUAGUUGGCUCGCGGCUGUCUCGUUGAUGGGCUUGACGCCACCUCUGGGCCAGAAUAACGACAUCUGGAUCGAGGCGGCAAAGGCCCAGGGCAGCGCACAGCUGCUCGGCAAGACACUCUACCACCAAGGCGAUCUCAGCUAUUUCGAGGCAGUAAACAAGGAGACUCUGAAGAACGCAUAUCAACGGUUCGAGGAAGAGGGCAUUCUCCAGGUCGUCAAGUCCAAGGACCCCAAGGUUCCUCCCCGGCUGCGCCUCGACCCGGAGUGGCGUCCUUCCCGCGAUCCGGAAACGGGCAGCCUGAACGCGUCUGGUCGGCUGUGGGACUUCACCGAGAAGAUUGCCUCGAGCAGACGAGAAGGCAAAAACCGUCGCGACGGCGCCACUGUAAGCACUCGUGUGCUGCGUCUGACAGACCUCCUGGGAAGCAAGUUAUUCGACGCCGCAAGGAACGUGGAUGGCAAGGGCGUCUCGCCGACGCUAAGUGUUGAGGAUGCGCGCCAACUCAAAAAGAGCGUCAAGGAACAGAGAAGACGCCGGUCGUUGGAGAACCGCGCGCAUUUGUAA